AUGAGAUACUUGAACUUUGUGCUGUUCAGUGCUGAACGUAAACUUUUUUCUGGACUUCAAAACAACUUUUUGGUCCCCAGUAUUGCUGUAAGUGAUUUUUUUUUCCCUUGAAAAAAUAGUCCACCUUGCAGUUUGGUCAUUCUGCGAAGUCAGUGAGGAAAAAGGAUGUUCGCUCUAUCCCUGCUCUUUUCAAAGCUUCAAUCAAGAAGUGGUGUAAAUUGUUGGAUGAGGAAAUAAGAAAUGACAAUGAAAUAGUAGGUUUUUUCGUUUUGAAAAACUGAUGGCCAGGCUAUUUGCUGUUUCCAACCGAAAACUUGGUUUAGCUUAAACAGCUGUGCGCCGAAGAUUCUGGAAUGCAAAUGCUGGAGAAACGCGGCUUGGGGGUGACUCGCCUAAAUGUCGUGGGGUUGAAUCAUGAUCCGAUGGACGGCAUGACUUUGUUGCUGAGUCGCCAGUCUCCGUUUUGGAGCCCACAAAAAUGGUUGCGGCCGGGUAAUUAAACCCUCUCGAAAUCUCGAAUAAUAUUUGUUAGGUUCCCCCGCUGUUCUCAACAUAGUGAAUGGUUCUUCUCUGAACGAAGUCGUAGACUGUGUAAUUCGGAAAGCGACUUCCGCUCAAAUUGAAGUGAGUCGAGAAAUCAAACUUCCAACUAAAUUUUCCAGGUUAAAGUUGAUGACAGUGACUUCUUCGUCGACGAUCUUUCUGAGAUUCGAAGGUUAACCCAGCUUGUACUUGCUCCUUCGCAGACCAAAGGCGCUCUGCAUUCUCUUCAGAAUUUCCUAGAGUAUCCGUCACUUAUAGGCUUGAAAAUUAGCCUGUGUUCAGAAGUAAGGAAGUCUAUACGGGCGCUGGAUCGAGACUCAUAGACUAUGCUUUUCGGGGAGCCCAUAUGCCAUCUUUUCACGGUUGGAAAAAAAAAAUUGGUUGAAAUUUUGGAGUUUCUCAGAAAGGCGUUUGAGCAAUCUGGAUACGGAUUUUAAUGAAAGCCAGGUCAGAGCGAUCUCAGCUUCCAUGAACAGCAAAAGGCCUUUUCUAUGUAUUCAGGUUAAAAAAAAAUAAACUUUCCAUUUUUUUUUUUUCGUUUUCAGGGCCCUCCUGGUACAGGAAAAACAAAAGUUAUUUCCAAAAUAACGCAAAUGUUGAUCGAAAAAGGGAAAAAAGUAAGAAAAAAAAAUGUAGAAGUUGAAUAACUCUCUAGGUUUUACUUUGCGCGCCUUCUAACGUUGCCACCGACAACGUUUACGAUUCGACACUUUCACUUAUAUCGAAGGGUUCGCCAAAAAGAAUUAGUGGUCAGUUAAAAUAUCUUUGCUAAAAAAUGGUCUUUUUUCACGCAUAAAAUAGUCAAGGAAGCUGAAACACCAGUUCAAGACGGCGGUCGUAUCACGGUAGUUUAGAUAGGUUUUUCGGGGAUAAAAUAAAUGCUUGUGGCUUUUUUGUGCUGAUCUAGUAACCUCGAGAAAUAGGUCCUCAACAAAUUGCAAAAAAAAAAGUUUGAAAAAAAUCUCUUGGCCCCGCAACGGACGGCGCAAUAUUGACCGGCCACCGUAGUCUUGAACAAGCUCCAGCUGAAUGUUCCGUUAAUAUUUUGCAGAAUUCAUAGUCUAUAACUGGGGUACAGUUUUCAAGGUGACAUGGCCAUUUUGUAGAAAUUUUCAACGUGGCUAAUCAGAGGGAAGCCGUUUGUGAAGACCCGGAAUUUGGAACGCUUCAAGAACUUUCCAACCAACUGGUUAUUAUUUCCUUUUUUUGAAUUUCCAGAAAUUUUUUUCAUUAAGAAAUCGGCAUCUUCUAAAGAAAAAAAGCCGAACUAA